AUGGCUAGUAAUGCUGACGUUCAAGCAAAAUUACGUGGCUUAGUAGACACGCUACUUGGAUGCCUAAAAGAUAUUAAAAAUCCUCCAGUUUUACAAAAUUCUCUAAAUUUUGAUGCCACUAUAAUUAAAAAUGAACUUGGAAAAUUGGGGUUAAUUUUAGCUAACGAUGCUACAAAGAUGACUCUUGCAUGUAAACCUCCUUGUACUCCUUCAGCGGCAAUAUCUACAAUCAAUGCGAUAAGCGAAACUUUAUUUCAUAUUUAUGGUCACAUUGCAUCCGUGCCAUUAUCUGCAGGGAAAACGUUUACUAAUGAAAUAAAAUCCACAACUGGUGAUAUUAUUUAUGCUUCGGCUGCUUUGGCAAAUUCAUUUCUAGAUUCUCCUAUAGACAUGAAUGCAAAAAAUUAUGGUCACCUUAUGUCAACUGGAAUUCU